AUGUACGCUGACCAAUCCGACGCCACGCCCUUCGACAUGCGCCGGCAUGUGCCUCGCGCCAACGUCGACAUUUCCAGCCUUCGGACAUUCAGCUGCUGGGAGCGCUUCGACCUCUUAUUCUGCCCUACCUGCUCAAGCCCGGUCUUCUGUGCCUUCAAAGAUCCGGCCAGGAAUCUGGGAGUGGUCACUGGUGCGCUCGGUAACGUGGACAUCGGAGGUCGCCAGUUGAUCAAGUUCGGUGGGCAGGGUUUCGUGGCCGACACGGAGGAUGGUGGUGCAAGUCCUUGGCUCUGUGCUCUCAAUGGUGAAGGGGAGGAUCUGAAGCGGUAUGAAAGUGUGGUAGCCGGUCGUGGCCCUGGAGCGAAGGAGUUACCUGCAGACUGGCCACAGUCGUCCACUCUUCCGGAACUCAAAGCGAAAGAGGAAGAAAGUGUACCAAUACGCUGCAAAUGUGGCGGGGUAGAUCUGGUCCUCCAGCGUGGCGAUUACAAGCACAUGGCCCAGGAUGAGCUUCCCUCCAACGUCGAACCUGUCAGUAGGAAGCUCAAAGCCGGCUUCUGUGGAUGCGACAGCUGCAGAUUGCAAAGUGGGAGUGACGUCUUUGACUGGACGUACGCAGAGACGAAGUACAUAUCCUUCGGAAAGGACAGCAGCAAAGCCUUCCCCAAAGACAUGUACGCCCUCAACGAACUCAUCGACGCGGAAGACCCCGCUGUGGGUACGCUGAAGUACUACAACUCUUCGCCUGAUAUCUAUCGCCACUUCUGCGACACCUGUUCCGCAGUGGUCUUCUACACUACUGGCAAACGGCCACAGAUUUUCGACAUCGCUAUUGGCCUGUUGGAGUCUAAGGAUGGAGCUCGAGUUGAAAACAUGCUGUAUUGGCCUUUUGGAAUUACGUUCAGUUUCCAGGAAGAUGGUGAUGGUGGGUGGCGAGAGGGUGUGUAUAAGAGGCUGAGAACCAAGGCGGAGGAGUGGCGCAUUGCAAGGGGAUACCCGAAGAAUUGGAAGAGCAGUGCUGAGUAUCAAGACAUCAAAUGA